AUGAAGAAACGACGAACGCAGGAUCAAUCGUCUUUCGGACCGUCCAUCACCAACGCAGACUAUGUCAAUGUCGAAAGCACCGCUGUCGUAACACCAAGACACUUUGGGAGUGGUCCAAUUCCCAACGUCUCGAGAGCAACGCCUACUCAGCCGCCAGGCUCAUUGUCAUCGCCUCAAAAUACAACUCGCCCAACAGCACCCGGGUCGCCUGGGUUUAUACCGCCCCCUUCGCGUCCGAAAGACGCAACACCUGAAUUAUGUAUAGACCGGAUUCUGAAAGGCGGCCAUGAGCAAUCCACCUAUAUUCAACAAUCGAUAUUCAUCACAAGUAAUGACCAUGUCGCGAGUUCAACACAAGCUUUCUUCUCCGAACGCAAGAUCAAGGCCUUGUCGGAUAUCCUCGGUCACAAUCUAUUAGAAACUCUUAUCAAGGGGCUUGAUGAUGCCAUUUCCGCAAAGCUGAAAGGUUUCGCCAGAAUGGGCGACGAACCCCUGGCUGCAGGGUCACCUUUAAUGAAAGCAAAUAUCGUCCAAGAAGACACUCUGCAUGCAAAAGACUAUGUUGAAUCAUUCUUCCAAUAUGUGCAUCCUAUGUAUCCCUUCCUCGACCAGGAUGAGUUCGAGAAAACCGCAUCCAGGACAGAUCUCGGAGACUUCCUUUCCAAAAAUGUCACUUGGCAGGCUCUUUACUAUGCGAUAUUGGGUCUUGGAUCUAUGUAUCACAAUGGUGGAUCCUUUCUACCAGGGGAAGGAUUAUCUUGGAAAUUUUUCCAGGCAUCGUUGAAUCUCAUGCCGGAGCUUUUAUUAAUUCGGAGGACGAUAGAGACAGCCCAGGCACUCAUAGCCAUGGCCAUUUUUGCUCAGAUGCACGCGUCCCUUCCGGUUGAUGAUAUCCCUGUGAACGAGGCUGCCAGAAUCACCAUCUCACUAGGUCUCGGGAAGAGACCUAAAGAGCCAAGUAGUUUUCAGAACCGCUCGAAAGUGUUUUGGGUAGUCUAUUGUAUGGAGAAGGAUUUUGCAUUCAAUGUCGGCAGGUCUUCACUCAUCAACGAUUGCGAUAUAGCUUGCCCUCUUCCAUCUCAUUUUGGCACCAUUCUCGGAGAACUGGAUUGGAUCCGAGCUUGGGCGUCGUUUUCUCGACUGACGUCUAAAGCGUACGACCUUCUAUUUUCUAUUAGUGCAGCCCUUUCGGAACAGCAUGUUUAUUUCAGACAUACCGAUUCUAUUCUGGCUGACCUUGAAGCUUGGAAAGAAUCGCUUCCUCGGCAGUUUCGGCCCGGGUUGGCUAUCAAACUUCAUUCAUUCAGCAGUUCGGUGUCCCUGACACUGGCGGUCAGAAUCCAUCUUUAUUAUUACAAUUUGCAAAUUGCCAUUGCACGACUGAUUCUACAUCUGAGUGACGGUGAACAUACUAUACGACAAUCUCAAAGCAAGUUGAUGCUCAUGCGUGCUGCACGGUCGAUUAUCAGUCUCACAAACUUCCUGGCAAUUGAGCCUUUCACCCCUCUUUGGAUGCUUGCCCACAUGCCAAUGGUUGCUGUGUUCAUAUUGUUUGAACUAGUUAUCCACAACCCAGUACACCGCGAAACUACGACCAAUUUGACCUACCUUGACUUUGCAUCUGGAUACUUUGCUCGGAUGCAGACGACUCAAGGAGCCGAUAAGGAUAUUUCUAUCGCGAUGACGCAGUUAAUUCGAUUGGCGAGGGAUUUUGUCCCGUUAUCUUUUCAAACAGGUACACAUGCUGAAGACCCUGAGCAGCAAGUUGAACCCUUGUCCGCCGUAUCCAUGCGCGAUAGCAAUCUGCAUGGAAGCCAUGGUCCAGAAAACCGGCAUGCAGUGACGCACGCGCUCCACGAGGUCCAACAAACUGGUCUGAACCACUCAAUAAACCCGUUUAACUUUGGGAACUCGACUGAUUUUCCGAUUGAGGGUGCGACCCCAAGUAUCUAUGCCGAGUCGGUGGAAUCUCUUGUCUUCCCUGUCGAUAGCGGGUUAUUUUACAACACCGGGGUCUACAAUUCGUUCGCUUGCAAUGGGGAUGACCUGAGAUUCCUAGAUCUUCUCGAGCUAAGGCGGUAG